AUGAACUCUGUUGCUGUUCUUCUCGUUGCGCUCGCCCUCGCGCUGGCGGUCGCGCCCUCGGCUUCUGCUGCCCCGGGCUAUGUCAACUGGGACUUUAUGGUGUUCCGCCUCAUGUGGCCGGGAUCGGUCUCGGGCGGCAACGCUGUGCCGUCUGGGCUCAACGGAUUCUCGAUCCAUGGCCUCUGGCCGACCAACAACGACACGUCGGGCCCGUCGCAGUGCACCCACGAGGCCUUUGACGAGUCGCAGAUCUCGUCGCUGCUGCCGGAGAUGAAUGUCGAGUGGGCGUCGAUCUGGCCCGACUCGAAGGGUAACGAGGGCUUCUGGGCGCAUGAGUGGACCAAGCACGGGACGUGUGCGGCGGAGCUCUCUGUCCUUGGCUCGCAGUACAAGUUCUUCAACGGGGUGCUCCAGCUCAAGGCCCAGCUCAAGGUCCUCGACGCGCUCCAGUCGGCCGGCAUCUACCCGUCCAACUCGAAGACCUACACGCUCGACCAGAUCAAGUCUGCGCUGACCGACGCGCAGAUGCCGCCGCUUGUCUUCUGCAUGCCGGCCAACAAGGCUGACGGUGCCGAGACCUCCUCGCCGCCGAUUCUCCAGGCUAUCGAGCUCUGCGUCGACACCUCGCUCAACGUCUACACCUGCAACGACGCCAUGCAGAAGGCUGCUGCCUCGCGUGGCCACUGCUGGUCCGACGCCAUCGGCCUCCCCGAGAUUGUCCACUAGACCUCCUCUUAAACGCAUCUUUCGAGUUACA